CCACUUGCACAAUUAUUAUUCUUAAUUAGAAUUUAAUUAGAGAUCCGACAAGAACUUAAAUACAAAGAUAAUCACAAGGACCAAUUCCAGCAUAAAUCAGUAUUCAAUCGCCAUAAAUAUGAUUCAACUUCAAUCCCUUGUUCCCAUCUCCCCUUCUCUGGCAAAAUCCUCCAUUAGAGUAAAAUGAAUCAAGAACAUCACACCGACGAUAAAUCCGGUAACUACGUAGCUGAACCAAGCUGUCCACCACUACCAUCAACUAACACGGGCGUUGUGUCUGUUAUUAGUCCACACUACUGUGCCCCUUAUCCAGUUGAUCUCACCAUAGUCAGAAAGGUUCUGAAAUUAACACAUGAUAAUUAUGAUGUUUUAGAUGUUAACGGGAAUAUUGUUUUCACGAUCAAAGAUGAGAUGACUUUCCUCCACCACCACCGUGUCUUGCGUGACCCUGCCGGAGUCGCUAUUGUCACUGUUUAUGAAAAGAUAAAGAGUAUGCAUAGGAGGUUUAAUGUGUUCAAGGGGGAUAGCAAAGAUAUGAAAGACCUUAUAUUCACUGCAAAACAGUCUCAUAUGAUUCAGUGGACUACCAAACUAGAUGUAUUCUUGGCAAGCGACACAAAAAAGGAUGUGUGUGAUUUCAAGGUUAAAGGCAAUUGGUUGGAGAGAUCUUGUAUCAUAUAUGCCGGAGAGCCCGGAGAUAAAGAUGAAGAUGGAGCUUCUAGCAGAGUCAUUGCUCAAAUGAAAAAGAAACACACCGUAGACAGUGUGGUGCUCGGAAAGGAUACUUUUAAUGUGACAGUAUAUCCAAAUAUCGAUUAUGCAUUCAUUAUUGCUCUUAUUACUGUCCUCGAUGCCGUCAACGAUGCCAGAGCUGAAUCAUGAUGCAUGUAUUCUCUUUCUCUCUUUUUUCUUUUGCUUCAUGCCCUUGGCUGUUUUUUGUGAUAAUGUACCCUAUGUCUUUCAUAGUCAUAGAUACGUGCUUCUUAUCACAGUACGUUUGUGAUUGAUCAUAGACUCAUAUUUCGUAGUAAUGAUUGUGAUUUAUAUACUGUAAGGGUGAAAAGAUUGAAUAAAUGGGUUCCGUUCUUUUUCCGUUUUUA